ACUGAUAAUGGAUCCAAGGAAAUAAUGGUGAUAUUGUAAAGCAAUACACGAUCCGCACAAUGAAUUCAUCAAUCUUCACAAACAUAUGUUAUCAAUGUUAUUUUAUAACAAGUGACUAUGAGGUGUUCCGAAAGGAUGUGUUGCAAGCUACGGCUAUUGUCAUGCUCUUCCUGGCACUGUUUGGAUCCCUUUUCAAUGGUUUGUUUAUAUACAUUUUAUUGAAACAUAACAUUGUGAAGACCAGAAACAAUAUUUACGUCAUCACGCUGUGUGUGUCCAGCAUAGGGAUCGCGGUUCUAGUUGUUCCGACGGUUGGCAUAGCGUCCCUAGAAGAUAAAUGGAUGUUUGGAGAAGUCGGUUGCGCAUUACACGGAUUCAUAAUGACAACGUUUGGACUCAUUCAAAUAUUUGUUCUGGCUGUUAUGUCGUUCGAAAAAUAUAUCAUAGUGGUCAGGAAUAAUUGGGACUCAUUUGUUUCAAAGAAUGGAACCCGAUUUACUAUCGCGGGAUGCCUGAUGUUGGGAGUUAUCCUCGGGAGUUGUCCGCUCUUUGGUUGGAACUCUUAUAAACUUGAGCUUCAAAGAACCUCCUGUUCAAUCGACUGGGGCGACAAAAGUAUCAAGUCACUUACUUAUACGUACUUGCUUCUUUUGGUGGGUCUCGUCGUGCCAGUUUCUGUCAUGUUUUUCUCAUACAUUAACAUCUACCUCGAGAUUAGACGGCAUAUCUUUAAUCUACAUAACGUGUUACGAAACAGUGGGAAAAGUUACGCCAACAUGCUGAAGAGAGAAGUCAAAGUCAUCAAGACGAUGUUUAUUCUUGUAUGUGCCUUCAUUUUCUCCUGGGUCCCAUACUCCGUUAUGUCUAUUUAUGCUAUGUUCAACGACAUCAAUUCUCUGGAUCCACUACUUUACAUGCUACCAACACUGUUCGCCAAAGCGUCUGUGAUCUGGAAUCCGAUAAUAUAUCUUUUUAUCAACAAGUCUUUCAAAAAAGCUCUCUUGGACAAAAUACCAAUAUUAAGGAAAUGCUGCUCCUGUCGGCUCUCAAAAGGUCGAAGGGAGCUUUUAAGUAACGAGACAGGACCAAGUCCUACAUACUUUAAGGACGGAAAAUCCUUUGACCAACAGCAUACUUUACGGACAUCAAGUCAGACUCAAAUGGCCAUCACGAUACUCUAGAUCAAACAACAACGAUCAUUUCAAUUCUGAAAAUACGAAAAGCUUCACUAAUUUAGCCAUC